AUGGGGGCAAACACCUCCAGCAAGUCACCACCCUCUGAUGGGAACGGGGAUGUUACCUUCGACCAUUUUGAGAUUUUGCGUGCUAUUGGGAAGGGCAGCUUUGGAAAAGUCUGCGUGGUGCAGAAGACUGACACCAAGAAGAUGUACGCCAUGAAAUACAUGAACAAACAGAAGUGUGUGGAGCGAAAUGAAGUGAGAAAUGUUUUCAAGGAGCUACAGAUUAUGCAGGGUCUGGAGCACCCCUUUUUGGUUAAUUUAUGGUACUCAUUCCAGGAUGAAGAGGACAUGUUCAUGGUGGUGGACCUGCUGCUGGGAGGGGACCUGCGCUACCACCUGCAGCGGGACGUGCGCUUCCCAGAGGGAGCUGUGAAACUCUUCAUCUGUGAGCUGGUGCUGGCCCUUGACUACCUGCAGAGCAGGCACAUCAUCCACAGAGAUAUCAAGCCUGACAACAUCUUACUGGAUGAGCACGGACACGUGCACAUCACCGAUUUUAAUAUUGCCACCACGCUGACGAGGGACAGCCCUGUCACCACCAUUGCUGGCACCAAGCCCUACAUGGCACCUGAAAUGUUUAGCUCCACAAAACCCACGAGCUACUCCUUUGCUGUGGACUGGUGGUCGCUGGGGGUCACUGCCUACGAGCUGCUCAGAGCUCGGAGGCCAUUCCCCAUCGGCUCCCAGAGCAGCGCGGAGGAAAUCGCCCGCAUGCUCCGCACGGCCGCCGUCAGGUACCCGGCAGCCUGGUCCCCGGGGCUGGUGGCACUGCUCAGGAAGUUGCUCGAGCUGGACCCCGAGAAACGUUUUUCUCAGCUGAAGGACAUUCAGUCCUUCCCAUAUCUGUCUGAUGUCAACUGGGAUGCUGUUCUCCAGAAAAGAAUAAUGCCAGAAUUCAUUCCCAUGAAAGGCAGACUGAACUGUGACCCAGCCUUUGAACUGGAAGAAAUGAUCCUGGAAUCCAAACCUCUUCACAAAAAAAAAAAGCGCUUGGCUAAGAAGGAGAAAGAUACAAGUAAAAGCAAUUCAUCCCAGGCCAGCCACCUCCAGAAGCACCUGGAAAUGCUCCAGAGGGACUUCAUUGUUUUCAACAGAGAAAGGUAA